AUGGCAGUGAUGGUGGUGAUGGACUGGCGGUGUGGUGCCAACAGCUGUGGUGUAGAUGCCGAAUAUGCGCCUCGGUACGCCAUUCUGUCCCAUACCUGGGGAGACGAGGAGGUUACAUUUCAAGAUCUUCAAACUCCUGCGGGGACAUCGAUGAAGGGGUUCCGAAAGAUAUUGGCCUGUUGCAAGCAAGCGAGGAAGGAUGGUAUCAAAUGGUAUUUUCGCGCAGCGGUCUACUACACGCUCCUCGAAGAUGUCCCUUCUCGAAACCCACAUUUCCCAGAGGCCGAGUUCCGGGAGGCUCGCUGGUUCACACGAGGCUGGUGUCUUCAAGAGCUUAUCGCCCCCGAUAAUGUCGAGUUCUACUCGGCAAACUGGACCGAUAUUGGGACGAAAUGGAGUUUGCAGCCACUUAUCACGGAAAUUACCGGUAUUACUGAGAAUGCGCUUCGUUUUCGUCAUUUGGAGGACUAUUCAGCGGCGCAGAAGAUGUCAUGGGCAUCAACAAGGGAGACCACUAGGGACGAAGACCUGGCAUAUUGCCUCCUAAGCAUAUUUGGCAUCGAUAUGCCUCUACUCUACGGAGAAGGGCGAAAUGCGUUCUUGCGUCUGCAGAAAGAGAUCCCGGCCCAAAAUGAGGAUUACUCCUUAUUAUGGACUGACUGGAACUGA